CCCUCCUCCCCUUCACACACAAACAGCUCCCUCUCUCACAGUUUGGCUGAAAGAAACGGUACUUAGCUGCCCGAACAGAACGAGGGAAGUCUGAGGCUGGGGAUCUGUAGAUACAGAGCUUCUGAGUUGGGAUCCAUCAUGGCAUCUGUGGAAACUCUGCUUUGGGUUGGAGUCUGGAUGUCUGCUUUUAGCAUCACCACUGCAGAUGACAACUCGGUUCCCAAAGCAGAAAAUGUGAGGUGGAUGUCUCUGGACUUUACAACAGUUCUCACCUGGACUGCAAAACCAUCAAGCUACAGCUUCACUGUCCAGUACGCAACAGAUGGGGAUGACUGGACUGAGAGUCCUGACUGCAUCAGAAUAUCAGAUACAAAAUGUGAUCUGACUGAACAUCUCAUACCUUAUGACAUGAAUUACAUCGCUGAUAUCCAGACGGAGCAUCUGGAGGCCGACUACGACGUGGAAAAUUUACCUCACACUUAUUCCCCUAAAUUUAACCCUUUCAGCGAAAGUAACAUCAGUGCUGUGGAGUUCUCUGUGACGCAGCUGAAUGAGACCACGGUCUGCGUGAACAUCACAGAUCCGCUGACAGCCAUCCAUCAGAAAAAUCAGCAGCUCAGCAUCAGAGACAUUCUCAAAAAGGAUCUCAAGUACAAGAUCAGCUAUUACAAGUCUGGAAACACCAGAAAGAGAGACUUCGAAUCCCCCACCAGCACAGCAGAAAUCUCAGGGCUGGAUCCAGGCCAGAGUUACUGCUUCAUGGUGGCAGCCUAUAUCCCAUCCAGAGCCAAAGCCAAUCAAAACGGAGCCUUGAGCUUGGAGCAGUGCACUGAGGGAGACGGCGGCAUCCUGCAAGAACUGAGUGUUGGAGCCUGGGUUGGAGUGGUCUUCCUCAUCAUCACCGUCAUCAUCGUCCUUGUCACAGUGAUCGCCCUGUGCUGCAGAAAUCCCAACAGAAACAAAUCUCUCCAGUCAACUCAGUUAUCUGCACCUGUUUAGGGUGUGAUGUCAUCUUUCUUUUUCUAACAUAGAAGACAGUCCCUUCACUGCUUCCCUGUGUUUCAGGAAAAAAUGUGAUGCCUUGAAAUUCAGUCCUCUAUUAGGGGCUUAGCAUCGUUGGGUGGCCUUUAUACUGCAACAAACUUGCUAAAGUUAUCUUUAUUUUAUUCUUGUGGAUUUUUUUCUCCAGCUCUUCAAAGACAGUAAAGCUGCAAGGAAGGCAUUAGGACAGAAAUGUGCUCAAGUAAGAACUACCACAAUUCUGGAAAAGGUGGGAUAUCCAUAAUUUUUCAUAGAAUAAAGGCUAAGGGACUUUUAUAUAAAAUGAGAUGACGUUUUGUUUAAAAUACGGUUCUAUUUUUAUAAGCUUUUAUCCACUAGUUGGAUUGAUAUUAAAUGUGAUGCCUGCUGCACGUCUCAAAAUAGUUGGAACAGGGGUUGAAAAAACAAAACAUUUAAAAAAUGGUUUCACGAGAAAACAUCCAAUCCCAGAAAAACUGCAAGAAUUUGUGUUUGGUGGAAUAUCCCUCUGUUGUAACAAUGUCCAUGGGCCAGAAAUGUUGUGAAGUAUGUGGAUUUUUCUUUUACAAAUGUGGCACAUUUUUAGGGAACUUUCAUGUGUGAUAUAUAAAGCAAAGUUGAAGAUGUGAAA